GCAGCCGCGCUGGACCAAAACUGCCUCCCUGCAAAAAGUAGCGCAGGCGACACUCCCCAUCCGCAUUUGGACGGCGAUCCAGCCCGGUUGUUGCGCUUCCCGAGCCUGCCGACAGAUAGCAUCAGCGGUAGGAGGGGAUACAGGGACUCCUGCAGGCUAAUUGCAGCGGGCAGCGUUUGCAGGUGUAACACUGAUCCGUCUGUGGGAAGGACCGGGGGGCUCGGUCUGAGACUCGAGAUUAGGGCUGGGGGGGAAUCGGGUGUGCCAGGUAAAAUGAGAGUCGAUCUGCGGCGUCCACGCAGUUUUGCACGGCCACAGGUUUGAUGAGCAGCUUUUUGUAGCAUCUUUUUGGAAGCUCAGAAAAAAAGUGGAUCUCCUCACUCCGCAGUCAUGAGAAAUACUUGGUGGUCGCCCCGGACAGUGAUUUGGGAAUACUGGACAGCGCUCUCUUUGUGCCUCUUGUGGAUUCAGUAUUCGUGCGGGAUGCCCCAUGUCAUUCGCAUAGGCGGGAUCUUCGAGCAGAUGGAGGGUCCGGUCCCCAUGGUCAGCGCAGAGGAGCAGGCCUUCAAAUUCGCUGUCAACAACAUCAACAGGAAUAGAACGUUGUUACCCAACACCACGUUGACGUACGACAUACAGAGGAUAAACAUCUAUGACAGCUUUGAGGCUUCAAGGAAAGCCUGCGACCAGCUGUCAUUGGGCGUCGUGGCCAUAUUCGGGCCCUCCCACAGCUCGUCCUCGAACGCUGUCCAGUCCAUUUGCAAUGCGCUGGAGGUGCCGCACAUCCAGGUGCGGUGGAAGCACCACCCUAUGGACAACAGGGACACAUUCUACGCCAACCUCUACCCUGACUACUCCUCGCUGAGCUACGCACUCCUGGACCUCGUCCAGUUCCUCAAAUGGAAAACGGCCACCGUCGUCUAUGACGACAGCACAGGUCUUAUUAGACUACAGGAACUGAUAAUGGCCCCCUCCAGGUACAACAUCAGGUUAAAAAUCCGACAGCUCCCGCUGGAUACGGAUGACACGCGGCCGCUGCUCAAGGAGAUGAAACGUGGGAGGGAGUUCCGCAUCAUCUUCGACUGCAGCCACGUCAUGGCUGCGCAGAUACUCAAGCAGGCCCUGGCGAUGGGGAUGAUGACGGAGUACUAUCACUACAUCUUCACAACGCUGGAUCUCUUUGCUCUGGAUCUUGAGCCAUACCGCUACUGCGGGGUGAACAUGACCGGCUUCCGCAUCCUGAACGUGGAGAACCCUCAGGUGGCCUCCAUUGUGGAGAAGUGGUCGACGGAGAGGCUGCAGGCAGCCCCGAAGCCGGAGUCGGGCCUCCUGGACGGGAUCAUGACGACAGACGCGGCUCUGACGUAUGACGCAGUCCACGUGGUGUCCGUCUCCUACCAGCACGCGCCUCAGAUGACCGUCAACUCAUUGCAGUGCCACCGUCACAAGCCCUGGAGGUUCGGGGGACGGUUCAUGAGUUUCAUCAAGGAGUCUCACUGGGAGGGGCUGACCGGGAGACUGGUGUUCAACAAGACCAGUGGCCUGCGGACCGACUUCGACCUGGACAUCGUCAGCCUGAAGGAGGACGGGCUGGAGAAGGUGGGGAAAUGGAGUGCAUCAGGGGGCCUCAACAUCACCGAGGUUCCCAGGAGGAAAGGGAUGAACGUCACCGACUCGCUGGCCAACCGCUCCCUGGUCGUUACCACUGUGCUGGAGGAGCCGUACGUCAUGUUCAAGAGGUCUGACAAGGCUCUGAUGGGAAACGACCGGUUUGAGGGCUUCUGCAUCGACCUCCUGAAGGAGCUGGCUAACAUACUGGGCUUCAGCUAUGAGAUCCGCCUGGUGCCUGAUGGAAAGUAUGGCUCUCAGGAUGAGAAGGGCCAGUGGAACGGCAUGGUCAGGGAGCUGAUGGAGCAUAAAGCCGACUUGGCGGUGGCACCCCUGACCAUCUCGUACCUCCGAGAAAAGGUCAUCGACUUCUCAAAGCCCUUCAUGAGUAUGGGCAUCAGCAUACUCUACCGGAAGCCCAACAACACCAACAGUGGCUUCUUCUCCUUCCUUACUCCCAUGACCCCCGACAUCUGGGUGUACAUCCUGCUGGCCUAUCUGGGUGUCAGCUGUGUCCUGUUUGUCAUCGCCAGGUUCAGCCCCUACGAGUGGUAUGACGCCCAUCCCUGCAACCCCGGCUCGGAUGUGGUGGAGAACAACUUCACCCUCCUUAACAGCUUCUGGUUUGGCAUCGGCUCCCUGAUGCAGCAAGGCUCUGAGCUCAUGCCCAAGGCCCUCUCUACACGGAUCAUUGGAGGGAUCUGGUGGUUCUUCACCCUGAUCAUCAUCUCCUCCUACACCGCCAACCUGGCCGCCUUCCUCACCGUCGAGCGUAUGGAGUCGCCCGUGGACUCGGUGGACGAUCUGGCCAAGCAGACCAAGAUAGAGUACGGCGUAGUGCGUGAUGGUGCCACCAUGACGUUCUUCAAGAAAUCCAAGGUCUCCACCUUUGAGAAGAUGUGGGCCUUCAUGAGCAGCAAGCAGAGCACGGCUCUGGUCAAGUCGAACGAGGAGGGAAUCCAGAGGGUGCUAAGCUCUGACUACGCCCUGCUGAUGGAGUCCACCACCAUAGAGUACGUCACCCGCAGGAACUGCAACCUCUCCCAGGUCGGGGGCACCAUCGACAGCAAAGGAUAUGGCAUCGGCACCCCUCUGGGUUCCCCGUACAGAGACAAAGUCACCAUCGCCAUCCUGAGCAUCCUGGAAGAUGGGCGUCUACACAUGAUGAAGGAGAAAUGGUGGGGCGGGCACGCCUGCUCGGAUGACGAUCGACGCGAUGCCGGGCCAAUGGGGAUCCAGAACCUGGGCGGGAUCUUCAUGGUACUGGCAGCGGGAUUGGUCCUGUCUGUCUUUGUGGCGAUUGGGGAGUUCAUCUAUAAACUGAGAAAGACUGCAGAGCGGGAGCAGAGAUCCUUCUGCAGCGCCAUGGCGGAUGAGAUCAGGCUGUCGUUCACCUGCGAGCGCCGCGUGAAGCACAAGCCCCAGGCGCCCAUGAUGAUGAAGACGGACGCCGUCAUUAACAUGCACACCUUCAACGACCGCAGGCUGCCCGGCAAGGACAGCGUGACCUGCAACACCGGCAUGACCCCGGUCUUCCCGUGACCGUGGCGUGGUGGAGCAGGGGGCAUGGCCGAACAGACAGGA